GCCUGACGAGGAUUCAAGCUAGACUUGUGCACGAGAAAAAAAUUUGUUUAUUUUCGUUUAGUUUUUUUCGUAUGAAAUUUUUUUUGGUUUUGUUACACAUUCGUUAUUCGUUUCAUUCUGUUUUCGUAUGCAUCCGUAUAUUUUCGGAUCCAUUCAGAAAUGGUUUCGGUCGCAUUCGUUAUUUCAGACGCAUUCGGUACACAUGCCGUUCGUUUCACUUUCGGAUUCGGCAGAUUCCAUUAUUCGUUUUAUGCUGCUUUAUUCUAAACGAUUAACGAAAACAGCCAAAGUAAAGUUAGGCCAGGUCAGUCAGAGCUUUCACCUACUGGCCCAGAUUUUUCAAACUGUGAGAGAGAAAAAGUGGAAUGAUCUUCCCAUAGCAACCAAUCACAGCUCAGGUUUCACUUUACCAGAGUUCAUUAGCUGACAUGUGAUUGGUUGUUGUGGUCACUCCCCUUUUUCUCUCACACAGAUUGAUUUAUCUGGCCAGUGUGUACUGAGAAAUUGAUUGCAUUGUGUGAAAAAAAAAUGUCUGGAAUAAGAGAAAUUGUGUCUGUGGUGUCUGGGAGAGAGGAUGGUGAGGGUGCUGUACAUGUGGAUGUGACUGAGAGCGCAUGUGUGAGUGAGCGUGCGGAUGACGUGUCUGAGUGCGAGCAUGAUGAGUGUAGUGGUGGCGUGGAGAGAAGAGGAGGAGUAGAAGGUGACACUGCAAGACAAUGUGGUUGGACAAUCUCGGACUCUGCCAGCCACACAUCUGAGUCUGACAGUGAGAGUCAGCACUCAGUUGGUGUCCCACCAGCAAAAAAAAAAAAAAAAAGGGCCCAAAUUCACGGAGGCUGAAAAUAUAGCACUAAUGGCUGCUGUCAGCACUGAAAAAUCUGUGUUGUUCAACACUACAGUGGGCACACAGGAGAAGAUGGCCGCCUGGAGCCGGGUGAGGGAGAAAGUGUCCCAAGUUGGAAGUGGCACAGCGGACAGGACAGUUCUCUGCAUCAGGCAUCGGUACUAUGACUGCAGGGCAUCAGUCCUCAAAAAAAUUAAAAAACAGCGGCAGAGGAGGAACAUCAGCUUCAGGAAGUGGGAGAUGGAGUUGAAGAAACACCUCCUACCAGAGGCCCAGACAUCCGGGAAUGUGGGCCAGGCUUCAUUGAGGAGUCACCAUCACAGUCCCCCACAAUCACCUGUCCGGAGGGACGUUGAGGCUGAAGAAAAUCUCCCGCAGUCAGCCUUCACGCCAGUGCCUGAGGAGGACAUGGGCCAACCCCUGAGCUCAGCUGGCUGUUCACCACCACCUAUACCCAGUCCACUCUCUCCAACCCCAGCACCCCCAUCUGUCCCAAUGGACAUGUACCUUAGGGUACUCCAUGAAAGGGACAGGUUGUCCAGGGAACACAACAGGCACCUUGCAAGGGAGAUCCGAAGGUUGACUCGGACCAUGCACCGACUUCACCAUCGCCAGACUGACGACUUCCAAGUAAUGUUGGCUCGGGUCAGCCAGCAGCACCUUCCGGCCACAGCACAGCUAAGGGUGGACCUCCUGACGGUGAUUUCAAGGAUCAGGCAAUCACCUCCAUUGGCUGACACCAGCAGCAGCAAUAACGGGCACCUUCACAAACCUAAAGAUUAAAGAAGCAUUAUUUUUAGGCUGGUUGACAGUUUUGUUAUGUUAGAAAUGUUGGCAAUGUUCAGGUUUAUUGUAUUACCUCUGUAUUCUAUUACCAAAGUUUCAUGUUGACUUGCAUAUUGUAACCUUAUACAAAAUGGUGCCAAAACCUGCCUUCAAUAUAAACAGGCAAUUGGUAUGACUAUGCUGGCUGAUU